AUGUUUAGAAUAAAAAUUUCCAGUUAUUUGAUCUUCCGUGAAAUCAUCAAAGGCCUAUUGACUUCCGUCGGUUUUUGGCCUAGGGAGAAUCCUUCAUUACCCUAUCGUCUACUAUCUUACAUACAGCUACCGCUAAACUUCGGAAUGUUUCUCGCGAUAUUUAAUUUCGUCCGGUUAUACGCUCAUAAUUUGACAAUUCUAACAGAAAGCUUCAGUAUUUUGGGCUCAUAUUUGUCAACAAGUUUCAAGGUAACAUACUUCUUAAUAAAUCGCAGAGAAAUAUUAGAGCUUCAUCGUACUUUAGAUACAUAUUUCACAAAAUUAGCCGAAGACCGUCAGAUGAAAAAAAUUAUUUUCAAAAAAUUUGGGAUGUUCAAAUUUCUAAGCUGGUCAUUUUCCUUCGGCGUAUUUAUGACCUUAUCGACAUUGGCUAUCCAGCCAUUGGUUGAUAUGGCAAUUGAGCAUCGUAAGUCUGGAAAAACUGUUAAAUAUCCGUUGAUAUUCCCGAGCAAAUAUCCAUGGCAAACGUCCUCAAACGGAUGGGCAUACAAACUGACCUAUCUUUUUGAAUCACUGGCGACAACAUCUCUCGUUCUUAUAACAGCAGGCAUGGAUUCGUUGUAUUUGUUUUAUAUUUUCCAAAUAAUUGGACAGUUGAGGGAAAUGGGUUACUGUAUAACCCACACAGAUGGAUACAAUGAAAAAGGUAAAGAUUCAGUUAUACGCAGAGCAGUGUAUCAAUAUCAAAUAUUGAUCAGAGCAAAACAAAUAAUUGAGAAGAUUUAUAGUCCGAUUAUUUUGUGGGUAAUGUUCUCAAAUGCAGCAAUUAUGUGUGUCCUCAUUUUUAAAAUCAUGCAGAUGACAACUAUAUCGGCUUUGAGACUGACAAUGAUGUUCGCAUACGUUGUAGCUAAAAUGCUACAAACGUUUCUUUACGCAUGGGGCGGGACAGCACUGACGAGCGAAGAUUACAGAGAAGCUAUUUACAAAAUCAAUUGGUACGGAAGUAAAAAGAUUAUGAAUUCAGUCAUAAUAAUGAUGGCGCAAAAACCAAUGAUUGUAACUGCUCUUAAGUUUUUAACUGUUGAUGUCAAUAUUUUUGCUGCGGUUUUGAAAACUACUAUGUCCUAUUUUUUCCUUCUCCAAACUCUCGAAGAA